ACUCUCCUUCGCAGACUUCUUCGUUCUUCAAUGCCAUGGAGGGCGCUAGGGUUGGAGGAGAAUCGCCGAGGAGGCAAUAGGGUUUCCAUGGAUCCGGCUGGUCGAUGAGGAAUGCGAGCUGCGGAGGCGAGAGAUUCCCUUUUCUGAUGAUCGAGGAGUGGAGAUGUGGCUCUGGGUUGUGGCGGCAGGAUCGGGAUAUCUUGCACGGUGCCUCCAGAAUGCCUCCUUCUCGAAUCAGAGUAAGAGGCUCCGGCUGAGCGACGAUGAAAACAUUUCCAGGUCUCCACCUGAUCAAGUCGACUGUUUGUUAAGCGAAGAAGCUCUACGGGUGAAGGACCGUUUUGAAAGACUCGGAGAAGAGGAGAAGAGUGUCACUCAAGAGCACGGUGCUGUUGGAUCACAGAGCGUUGAUGACAAGCGAUGGAAGAGAUCAUGCUGUGGAAACAGCCCGAGGGACGUGCUGGAGGCCAGUCUUGUUACUUCCUUCCAAAAGGGGAUUCACGAGUCGAGAUUGAAGUCGAAGAGCAAGACGAAAGGUUGGCCAUCUUGGCCAAGAGCUCAGAGCAGAUGCCAAGACAAAUGCCUCAACUCGGACGACUUCGAAGGAACUACUGUCGAGAUCAACGAGGCACAGGCGAGGAAUGGAUUUUCUUUGGAAGGGAACUCGGGAAGUGGUGCCAAUGGUGGUGAUGUCUCAACAGUGGACAUGGACGUAACCGUGAGAACUUCUUUGGGGGAUGUUUCCUGGACUACAUCGAAGCAAGACGUAGAAAAUCUGUGCCUGGAUGAUCUUCCCAAUAUCCUGGACUGGACUACCAUGGCAGCAGCGCAGAAGCAUAACAUGUUUGGUCCAAUGGAUGGGAGUUUGGCAACUUCGAGAACGAAGAAGUUAUACGACCGCAAGUCGAGAGGGAGGAGCAAGAGCAGGGACUCUUCUGUGCCUGCGACUCCAAAUAUACAUACGGUUCCGGCUUCUCUGGCUAUGCUACCGACUGCAAGGAAAAGGAAGGCUCUCAACGGAAGUUCAAACAUUUACGAGAGCUCAGCUAAGGAGGUGCUCUUGUUUGCGAUGGGCGUACACGCUGCUAUGACUUUUAUGGUUCUGUAUAAGAAAAGAGAGAUGGAGCUUCCACAGCAACCAACAGACACGCAAAACACGAAACUUGGGAUAGAAAUUCCUGAUGAUUGUCACGAUGACGAUGAUGAGUCCAUGACAAGUGUGGUGACAGUAGAAACAAAGACGGAUCCCAUGGCCGUGCUUGAAGCGGAACUCGCGGCAGAGUUGGAGAUCAUGCAGCUCAACCUGAGUACUGGGAAGGCAAAUGGGGCCGAAAGGGAACCAUCAAAUGUGUCUAGCAGUUCCAGUUCAGUAAGCCUGCAGGAUGACUUCAUAGAAAUUUUUGACGAUGGCUCGUCGCCUCCUCAAAAUCAACAUUGGGCUAUAUCCCCUCGGGAACUCGACAGAAGGCUGCAUAUUGUUCUCGAGGAAAGGCAGGCAAAGCAAAUAAAAGAGCUCGAAGCUGAACUGAAAGAAGCAGAGAAAAAGCUCCACAUGAAAGAUGUGGAAAUUCGGUCAUGGAAAGACCGUGUUUACCGCAUGUCAGAAUCUUCGCUCAUUUCUCCAACUGAUGUCGACGAAAGUCCGACUGCACGCCCAGCUAGCAGUCGGAGGAGAUGGUUUGCUGAAGAACUUGGAGGUCCUCCACUUGAAGAUAGCUCGUCCAGAUCUGGCAGGAUCGUCCAUUCUCUACCGUCGCUUGUUUCGGCUAUGUCAAGCUGUCACAUAAACGACGAGGAUGACGAAGCGGAUCCUUUGGAGCGUAAACGUAACAUGAGGAGUAGCUUUAUGAUGGAUCGGCCGACUUACAGAUCGUCCGUGACAGUUUCUGACAUUACUGGGAGGCUCAACGAGAAAAAUGGGAGGACUGGUGCCUUCGAUCCUUUCUAUGCUGGCAAGUUUUCAGCCAGCGGCAACGGCGUGCUUCUUCCAGCCGACCCAGAAGCAAGACAAACCGAUACACAGAUCCAUGAAAAGCUAGUGCAAUGGAACUCGACGAAGCUCCCGUAUGACUACCAGCAGUCUCAGGUGAUCCGGACAGUGGAAACCAUUGAAGAGCGGCGGUACCAAAGAACUCGUUGUCAAGCCAGCCUCGAGAGAGAAGAGAAGUGGCUUGCUAAGAGAGGGAAGUCGCGGCACUCAACGGGAAAUCUGAUAUCGUCUCGGUAUCGCAGUCAAAGACCCCGAAGGAGGUGGUUCAGUUAAGUGGCAUUUCAGCAAAACGGGAAACAGCGAAGUGACAGGUGUGGGGCAGUUUGUACAUGUGUGCAUCUAAAACGUAAUGCGAGACAGACAGUUCAAGCGGAACUUUUUCCGCAUUUCCUGCAGUGUUUUACUUUCAAUGCACUUGCGGGGUCUGUGAACACAGUAAAGUCUGUGUCUUUUGCUUGCGAGAGACAAAGCUUUGUAACAGUUAUUGUAAAAUGAUUCUCCACCCAGGUACAAUUGUUUUGGUUUUCAUAUUAAUCGAAUAAUUUACAGCAACCAAAGCAAAGAUCCUCAAGCCAAACAGGAUCACAGCAAA